AUAUGAAGCAUGCAUAAUUUGCCAACACCUCGUGGGUGAUGAAACAGCAGCCUUUAAAUGAGGUUGCCCCCCGUGUGCGCGCGGGGAAUUGUUUUAUGGUAUAGACCAUGGGAAGGUUUCACAACCUUCUCAUUGGCUCAGAAGUCAGAGACCCCGUCGUAUAAAACGAGAGUGUGCGAUCCGGCAGCCUUUCGCUGCUGCCAGCGCUUUUUGGAUCGCCGUUUGACGGAUUAACACCUUUUACGCACGGAGUUAUUGGAGAGGUUUCACGCGAGCGCACGCCGGCGAUUGUUUUGAAGAGGAAAAAUAGUUACACAGCCAGCAGAAACUGUGAGCUGAGGCAUCCGAGUGGGCAUGUGGCUGCUGGAGAAGCUCCGUAGUGGGACGCAAUCCCAGUCCCCACAAACCACUGAGGCCAUUCCCGUCUCUGUUUACGCCAACGUCCUCACUCCAGAGAAGAUCCCUGAUUUCUUCAUCCCCCCCAAACUUAUCUGCUGUCCGCCAGACGAGUCCCUCACCCCCGAAGCCCCGCGCUCCUCCUCCCUGCGCCCCUCCUCCUCCGACCAUGCCAUCUGCAGCCAGAGCCCCAAAGCGCGGAGCAGCAAGAACCCCUGCAGCCCCCGCCUCUUCUCUCGCCUGGGAGGGGACACGCGCAAUCUGCAGAAGUCAGCCAACCGGCACAUCAUCCAAAUAGAGAGCGCUGACGAGCCGGGGGCUGGCUCUGGGGCCAAGGCCGGUGAAGUCAACACUAACGCGGACCCUCAGUCGCAGACCGCGAUGUCGCUGCCCUACGUGCCCAAAGCGCAAACCUCCUACGGCUUCUCCACCCUGAUGGAGUCUCCUCACACCCGCCGCAAGGAGAGCCUGUUCCACAGCGACCCCAGCAGCCCUCUCACCUCCCCGAACGCACAGAGGCGCGCCCAGGGGGGCACGCUCCUGGCCCCGGCGGACCCCAACCCGUACCGGUACUUCAGUGGCGGAGAGAGUGACACCUGCUCCUCGGCGGAGUCUUCCCCGUUUAACUCCCCUCUCCUGUCCCGCUCCGCCUCUCUCAUACGCUCCAUCGCCCAGGAGACGCAAGCCAAGGUGUCUCGUGCCAAACGCUCCCUGGCGCGCCACAGUUCCCUCUCCACUGAUGAAUGCAGCUCGGCAGACAACAGCCCCAACAUGCAGCGGCGCCGCACGCGCUGCCCCCCCUCCCCGGCCUUCCGUGGAUGCAAGAGUGGCGCCCCGAGGGGCGCAGCGUCCGAUCGCCUGCAGCGCGAGCACACCGUCAACCUCCACAAGGGGGGGACGCUGAGACUCAGCACCCACUACGACCCGGAGGCGGCUCGGCUGAGGGUGCGCGUGCUCGCGGCCGAGGCCCUCUACGACAGGCAGACGGACCUUAAAAGCAUCAACUGCUGCGUUGCACUGUACCUCAACCCCGGCAAGCAGCAGAAACAGAGGAGCACCAUCAUCAAGAAUAGCAGGAACCCUGUAUUCAACGAGGACUUCUUUUUUGACGCUCUGCCCCAGGCACAAGUGAAGAGUCUGGCCAUGAAGAUAAAGGUAGUGAACAAAGGAACCAGUCUGAAAAGAGAUGUGCUCCUAGGAGAAAGGGAGGUGCUGCUCAGCGAGCUGCUCGCGGGCCUCUAGGGAGCCCCUGUCAAGACUUGGGUGAACACAAGCAGCAACACGUUGAGGAGCCAUUCUUCUCCGGUGACAAUUCUGUCCCACUUAACAAAUGUGAAAAACACUAGACAGGUGAACGCAUGCUGAUAACAGGGAAGUCAUAUCCUGCACACUGUGUUAUGGGCAUCAAUGAACAGGAAACCAAGGCCUCUUUAAAAAUAAAAGCCCCACGUCACAUCACUAACUAAUAAGAGAUAGAAACAAAUGCAGUUCACCAUAAUAUACAUGUUUAUCAGUGAACACGCAAUGUCAGCAGUGAAGCUGUGGUCCUUGUUCAUGUAUUUCACUCUAAGUAUUGAGUUACUAAAGGUGUUGCCUUUGCUGAUGAACAUUGUGAUGUAGUUUAAUAUGGAAUCAACCGUGAUGCAAUGUAAAAGUUAAAGCUAGAGCUGUAUUUUUGUAAGAAUGUAGUAAUAUUUUAUGUGAGGUUUUGCACGUUCCUGUGGGAAUAAUGUUUUUGUGUACUUGAAAUUUAGAUUUGAGAAUUAAAUUUGAAUUGUACCUGGAUGUAAUGCUAAUAUGACUGGUCUGGUAUUAUGUGAUAUGCCUUUGAACUUAAAUAAAAACACUGAACUCACA